ACCACUUUUUUUCCUUUUCUUUCUUUCUUCCUUCCUUCAACCCCAAAAAUAUCAUACACCCUCCCAGAGCCAGAAACACUUUAAACCCAAAACCAUUCAAAAUUUACUAAUCUCUCUGAUUCUUCUACAAUCACAUCAUUAUGAGAUUCUCUUCCGAUCGAACGGUCAACAACCUAACAACCACGAGCUUUGAAUAGAGACCAUUUUUUUUUCCAGUUUUGAUUUCUUUCUUCUCAAAUGAAUUUCGCAAAAUCUCAGGUGUGGCAACCCUGUAAGAAGAAGAGGCUCUAAUAUAUGAUCAAUUUAUUUAGAGAGAGAAAGUGAAAUAGUCUGAAAUUUACAUAGAGAGAGAGAACACAAGAGAGAGAAAGAUGACGUCACGUUCGUCGCACGGCGCUGGAAGCGGCAGCGGCGGAGGACGGCCCAGAGCUGGACGGUAUGAGCUAGGUAGGACGCUAGGAGAAGGUAAUUUUGCGAAGGUGAAGUUUGCGAGGCACGUUGAAACUGGAGAACAUGUAGCUAUCAAAAUUCUCGACAAGGAGAAAAUUCUCAAGCACAAAAUGAUUCGUCAGAUAAAACAAGAAAUAUCAACAAUGAAACUGAUUAGACACCCAAAUGUUAUUCGCAUGCAUGAGGUAAUAGCUAACAAGUCAAAGAUAUUCAUUGUAAUGGAACUUGUGACUGGUGGGGAGCUGUUCGACAAAAUUGCACGCAGUGGGAGGUUGAAAGAAGAUGAAGCAAGAAAAUACUUUCAGCAGCUUAUAUGUGCUGUGGAUUACUGUCAUAGUAGAGGUGUUUUCCACAGAGACCUAAAGCCUGAGAAUUUGUUGCUGGAUGCUCAUGGAACGCUUAAAGUAUCGGAUUUUGGAUUGAGUGCAUUACCUCAACAAAUCCGGGAAGAUGGGCUACUUCAUACAACAUGUGGUACGCCAAACUAUGUUGCUCCAGAGGUGAUUGACAACAAAGGGUAUGAUGGUGCAAAGGCAGAUCUCUGGUCAUGUGGUGUUAUUCUUUUUGUUUUAAUGGCUGGCUAUUUGCCCUUUGAAGAAGACAAUCUUAUGGCUUUGUAUAAAAAGAUUUUUAAGGCUGAGUUCGCCUGUCCUCCAUGGUUCUCUUCAAGUGCAAAAAAGCUAAUCAAGAGAAUCCUUGAUCCCACUCCCCGCACUCGGAUUACAAUUGCCGAGGUAAUUGAAAAUGAGUGGUUCAAGAAGGGAUAUACGCCUCCUGUGUUUGAACAGGCUAAUGUUAGUCUUGAUGAUGUGAAUUUUAUUUUCAAUGGUUCUAUGGAUUCAGAUAAUAGUGUUGUUGAGAGGCAAGAAGAGGGGCCUGUUGCACCCGUGACCAUGAAUGCAUUUGAACUUAUCUCUAAAUCUCAGGGCCUCAACCUUAGUAGUCUGUUCGAGAAGCAAAUGGGACUUGUUAAAAGGGAAACAAGAUUCACAUCCAAAUGUUCAGCGAAUGAGAUCAUUUCAAAAAUCGAGUCAGCUGCAGGACCUCUCGGUUUUGAUGUCAAGAAGAACAACUGCAAGUUAAGGAUUCAUGGGGAAAAGACUGGACGGAAAGGUCAUCUAUCUGUAGCCACGGAGAUCUUGGAGGUGGCCCCUUCAAUUUACAUGGUUGAGAUGCGAAAGUUUGAAGGAGAUACUCUAGAAUUUCACAAGUUCUACAAAAGUAUAUCUACUGGGCUGAAAGAUAUCGUUUGGAAAGCAGAUCCGAUCGCUGAAGAAAUAGACAGUGGUGGCAGUAGUAAAUCAAAAUAAUUGUUACCCAAGUCUUCAUCUUUGUACAAAGUAUAAUCCCAUACUUGUGUAUUAUUAUUGGGUAAAAGUGGGCAAUAGCUUGAAUUUCUUUUAUAGGAGUAUUUGAUACUCUGUUUAUUGAACAAACUUUUAUCUUAGUGUUGUGAUAAACAUUACAAAUGCAAAGGGAAAACUGGCUCAAUAGAAGUAAGAUAUUUCUAAGCAUUUAUAUGUAUGAUCAGUCUAUUGUGUACAUUAGACUUUGAUAAUAACUUGUUUGUUGAAUA